GGUUCAGUUCCGGGUAACGCUGCUCAGCUGACUUGCGACUGACAGCCAUGCGGUUUCGUUUCUGUGGAGAUUUGGACUGCCCAGACUGGGUUCUGGCCGAAAUAAGCACAUUGGCCAAGAUUUCAAGUGUCAAAAUGAAACUACUCUGUGCUCAAGUGCUGAAGGAUUUGCUCGGGGAUGGCAUUGAUUACGAUAAGGUUACAAAGCUUACUGCCGAUGCAAAGUUCGAGAGCGGAGAUAUCAAAGCGAGUGUGGCAGUGCUCAGCUUCAUUUUCUCCAGUGCAGCGAAGCAUGAUGUUGAUAGCGAGUCCCUGUCCAGUGAGCUGCAGCAGCUCGGUCUGCCUAAAGAACACACAACUGGGCUCUGCAAAUCAUACGAAGACAAGCACUCCGCGCUGCAAGGCAAACUAAGAGAGACGAGUCUGAGAUUGGGCCGACUGGAGGCGGUGUCCUGGCGCGUUGACUACACUCUGAGCUCCAGUGAGCUGAGGGAGGUGAAUGAACCAAUGAUUCAGCUUAAACUGCAGACACACGGAGCAGAGUCGGCCUCAACAGAGACCACUGUUGUUUCCGUUUCUGCAGACAAGUUGAGAGUCCUGCUUGCAGAGCUCAAACAAGCCCAGACAAGGAUGAAUGCACUACAAUGAAGAGUGGACAGUGAAGUUAGACCUCGAUGUCUGAUUGACAGUCGGACACAAAUGAUGCUGUUUAAAAGUGCCAUACUUACAUCUUUCCAUUUUUUAGAUGAAUUUAUUAUUUCAAAGGUCAUGUGAAUGGCUCAUUCCUUAUUUGUAUUGACUGAUAUUUAGUUGUAUUUUUCUACCACGUUAGUAAUAAUAAUUGGUGGAAAUGUGUCCAGACUGAACAAGAAUUCUGAAUGGACUGUUUUUGUAAAAUAAUUGUAUAUUGGUUCCCAUGUUUUGCUUUGAAUCAUGAUUAUAAUUUGUGUUUGACCUUCUUGUGCUCAUAAAAUGUGUAAUAUGUGUAUCAUUACCGGUUUCUGCAAAGCUUACAUAUCCCAGCAUGCAUUGGGGCUGUACUGUUUGCUCAUGUUGUGUUUUCUAUAUUGCAUUUGCUUGAAAAUUCAUUCAAUGAGUUGAAAAACAGCGAAAAAUAUUCACUGAGAUGAGUAACACGUGCGAUGAUUAUAAAUAACGAGCGUGCGUGAGCAUGUAGAUCACGCGAUAUUUUCAAACAGUCUAUGGUGUCAAAUGUUGACGCAUGGUUAUAACAUGGUUGGCAAUUCGGGGAAAGGGGAUAGUUCAUAUUCCAACGUAGUAGGUGGCGGUAAUGCACCCUUGACGCUGGUUUCCACCCGCUAUUAAACCGAAGAAGAAGAAGAGUGUUUAGUAACACAUGUUGUGAAAGCGUUUUUGUCAGUGCUUUUGUUUGCACAGUGCAGAGAGUAGAGAAACACGACAAACUCCCUCAGUUAUGUGAUUAGUUUAAGUCUUUUAACGAGUUUAUCAACGGCGUGGUCUAUUUCCAUUUUGGGGUGAGUUGUUUUGCUCCCUGAUGUUCCUCGUAACUCAAUGAAAACACCCACUUGUUAUAACCUACUUAGCUUUUUUAUAGUUUCCUCGUAAGGACCGGUGCAAAACAGAAACACACUGACUGACAAAAUACACCCAGCCAGGACGCGCAUGAUAUGUGGAGGUGGCGUGGUGUGCAUGGGUUUUCCGUUUGUUUGGUUGUAGGAUGUGUGCAGAGAGGUCACAAGUCCACCUAACACACACCCCUCCUCUUUAAAAAAAAAACCAAAAAACAAUUAGAAUCACUUAGAUUUUUACUUUUCUAUUGCUUAAGUUAACUGUUCCUUUAUGCCUGCACAUUUUAUUUCCCUAAGAACAAGGACUAUGAAUGCUGUUUCAAAGCUGUCUCUUCACUUGUAAUUAUAAUGUCCAUUACAGGUAGCUACAUCUCUUGGUGCUAUGUUUUGUGAUGCCACUUUAUUCUUUGCAGAACAGCUCAAUUUGUGUGAACAAAAUGCCAGAGGGACCAGAGCUCCACCUGGCCAGCCUUUACGUCAACGCAAUGUGUGCAGGAGUGGUGUUCACUGGACCGGUCACAAAAUCUGAGGUCAGCAAGAGUCCUGAUGUGCCCUUCACCUGUGAGGCCUAUCGCAUUAGUGCCACUUCCAGAGGGAAGGAAGUGAAACUUACGCUGACGCCCAUGAAGAGUGAUGAUUCAAAAAACAGAGUGAAGCCAGGACAAGCUGACCAGCCCAUGGAGAUAGUUUUUCGCUUUGGGAUGUCGGGCUAUUUCCGCUUCGCCACAGAGGAUGAGCUGCCCAAACAUGCCCAUCUGCGUUUUCACUCCAAAGAGAAGCCCUGCAGAGUGCUGAGCUUUGUGGAUACCCGCAGGUUUGGCAGCUGGCAACCCAAUGGGACGUGGCAGCCUGACAGAGGGCCUUGUAUCAUGUUUGAGUACGAAAGCUUCAGGGAGAAGAUAGUGUCACACCUGUCUGACCGUGCCUUCGACAGGCCCAUCUGUGAAGCUCUGCUCAAUCAGAAGUACUUCAACGGUAUCGGGAACUACCUGAGGGCUGAAAUCCUUUUCAGGUUGAACAUCCCACCGUUUGUGCCCGCCAGGACCAUAUUGGAAGGCCUGAAGUCAGAAGAUGUAUUUGAAAACAAGAAGGCUGUGAAUAAUGAGAUCAUAGACACAAAGACCUCAGACGGAUCUAAACAGAAACAAGUGGAAGGAGAGCCGGGUGACCUGCUCCGACUGUGUCACACAGUACCGCUAGAGGUGGUGAACCUAGGUGGGAAGGGCUACGAUCCCCAGAAGGCGGACUACUCUGACUUUAGGGCGUGGCUGCAGUGUUACUUUGUGGAUGGAAUGCAAUCGAUACGGGACCACAAUGGCAGAACUAUGUGGUUCAAAGGAGAUCCAGGCCCCAUGAGACCUAAAGAUUCAAAAGCACCCAAGGCCAAAAAGAGAGCAGAGAAAGAAGACGACCACGAUUACACAGAAAAGAAAAAGGCGGUUAGGAGUCGCUCUGUAAACGCAUCAAAGAAGAAGAACGCGAUCAAACGGGAAACUGUGACCAACACACCAAAGAAAGAAAAGGAUGCACCCUCAAAUGAAACGGUGUCCAAGAGACGACGAGAAGUAAACACACCUCAACAGGAAAGGGGAGAAACUGCACGUAGGAAGAAAAACAGCAGUGCAGAGCCAACGACAGUCGUCCUUGUUGCAGGUCCACAGAGGCGUAGUGAGAGAGUGACCAGGCAGAACAGUACACACAAAUAAAAAGGAGGCACCACUGUAUGGGAUGUAUGUUUUUAUACUGCAACAUUGUUUUUAAUAAAACGUGUUUUUAAUA